AGAUGCCAGCCAAAGUUGCAGGAAAGAAAGGCGAGAAGAAAGCCGGAAAGGCUAAAGCCAUUGCUGAUGGAAAGAAGAAGAGGAGAGGAAAGAGAAGGGAAAGCUAUGCUAUCUACAUCUACAAGGUGUUGAAGCAAGUUCACCCUGACACUGGUAUCUCCAGCAAAGCCAUGGGCAUCAUGAACUCGUUCGUUAACGACAUCUUCGAGCGCAUCGCCACCGAAGCUUCCCGCCUUGCCCAUUACAACAAGAAGUCGACCAUCAGCUCUCGCGAGAUCCAGACUGCUAUCAGGCUGCUUCUGCCCGGUGAACUGGCUAAACACGCUGUGAGCGAAGGAACCAAAGCUGUGACGAAGUACACCAGCAGCAAGUAAACUCACUUUGUGGGUUUCCCGCCAAAUCCAACGGCUCUUUUAGGAGCCACCAAAUAUCAUGAAAGUCAAUUGCGAACGCUAUAAGAGCUUUAUAAAAUGAGAAUGUUUCUCCUAGUAUCAACUAGUAUUUUGUUUUUAACCGGAUUGUGCGAACUGUAUUCUUGACGAAACGAAACAAUUUUGCAAAUGAAAAAGCGCAGCAAAUAUGAGUCAUAGAUGGACUGGCGAAGGAAGCGAAGACUACUGUUCAUGAUUUAUUUAAAAAAAUGUCACACUGAACAUAAACGCUUUAAAGAACCAGUUUUUUUUUUCUUUUCAAUUUACCUCGAUCACAUAUUGUCUGCCCAAACGCUGAUUUAUUCCAGAAACGUGUUCCUUAUACAGUAGAUCUCCGGAGUUCAAAGCUUUUCUUAGCGGCCUACCUACUCGACGCGCUGGAUUUUAAUGCAAAUAUAUGCA